AUGGCGACGGAAAAGGACCCCAUCACCUGCCACGUCCUCGACACCACCGCGGGCCGCCCCGCAGCCAACAUCACUGUGCGCCUCGAGGGCCCCGAAUUCAAAGGAUCAACCCUCCCGGCCGAGCACCUCUACACGGCCGUGACCGAUGCCGACGGGCGCGUCAAGCGCUGGCAGCUCGCGCCAGGCAGGCCGACGACAACGUCGCUGGCGGAGACGCUCGGGGCUAUCCAGGGCCCAUCGCAGUGGCGUCUGACGUUUGACACCGAGUCGUACUUUGGCGCGGAUAAGACGUUUUUCCCAGAGGCCGUCGUCGUGUUCCGCGUCGAAGAGGGCCAGCACUACCACGUGCCGCUGCUGCUGAGCCCAUUUACGUUUACGACGUACCGCGGCAGUUGA